CUUGUUGAUAGCUCGUCAAAUAAAUGCCUUAGAAGUCUUCACCGUUUUAAAUUGAUAGGCUGAUGAUUUUUAUUGCUACAUUUACUUUAAUUCACCAUACUGACAAUCAGAUGUACACAGCCAUUUCGUUAUCUCUGUUAAAGCAAAAAGUAAACUGCACGUGUCUUUGUUAUUAAAUGUUAACCAUUGCGAGUACCAGAAGUACAUAGAAGAAAAAGACAGACACACCAUGGGAGAAAAUACCAAAGGAGCUGGGGACCCCAGUGGGGUGUUUAUCGAACUUAUGAAGCGGUUGCAAAGUGGUCUUCUUUUUCUCCGGAGAGAUGUGGCUAAGAGCUAUGCAGAGGUGAGAGUUACAGGAGGAGAUUUGUCCUUCCACAUCCGGACUCCUCGGGUCCUGCUAAUCGUGGAGCUGCCAGCAGGGGUCAGCCUCGUGGAGGGCUCCUGCAGGGAGGCACCUGGAACAGGAGACGAGAUACACUUCAGAAUGCGCCUCAAUUUGGAACAGCACACAGAUGUUACAGGGAAUGGGGCCCUGGGGAGUGUGAUGGAGAGGCUGCUGGUCCAAGAGAGUUAUUGCUUCCACUGCCAGUCCUGUGGGACCAGGGUGCUGGAGGAGAGGGUGUUCAAGCGAGUGCUCCCUCUCCCCAACGGCAACUGGAGCUCCCUGGUGGAUGACUGGUGUUGCCAUCCGGACCCCUUUGCCAACCUGAAGCUGCUGCCCCGAGCGGAGGACUGUUUACUGGGCGACACUCACCUCCUUGUGCCCCGGGAUAGAGGCUGUGAGGAGACUCUCACCCAGGAGCUCAGCCCCAGGCCCAUCACCAACAAAAUGGCUGAUGGUCAAAAUCAGGACACACCGAAAUCCAACCGCAGGCGUACGCUUGUCUCCUGUAAGAGCUGCACAGCCGGCCUGGGAGAGGCUGUGGCACCAGGGACCCUGAAAGUCUACAUCACAGAGGUGACGGUGAGACCCAGUGUGGGAGACAGACAGUUUGAUACCUCUCUAGACAGGUCACUGUUCCUGGAACAGACCAUAGCUGCCAGACUGGUGGAGCUGUCCUCCUCACAGAGCGUGUUUCAUUUCUCUAUCCAGACCCCAGAUGGAAAAGCCUUCAUAUUGCUCUGGCUCCUGAACAGUGACUCCCUCAUCGUCUCUCUCUCUGCCACUAUGUCACCGGCUGUCAGAGGUGAUGCUGUCACCUCUCCCGGCCACCGCCAGUGUUCAAAGCGUCAAUCACCCACUAAGGCUGGCAGCGCCGUCAAAGCACUGGCAGCACACACCAAGAGUGAGAUAUAGCCUACAUGCCAAUCUCCUGCUGAAUGUCAGCCUCUGCAUUUCUGCUAAAGUAUGUUUUUAUUUAUUCUAAAAUUGUGUUUUGCAACUGAGAACAGAAAUGAGUCACAGAUAGAUGUGGUGGCUGCUCCAUGUUCCUCCAUGCCGAGUUCCCCCGCAGGAGGGUUCUUCACUUCGGUUACGAUUUCCUUCUUCACCUUAGAGCAGUCUGGUUUUGCUUUGUAGGAUGUGACAGCCACUCCAGCAGACUGGCAGCCGAGCUGUAAUUAACAAACUGUAGAUGAAAGGAGAGGACUCCACUCCUAUCCGCACGGCACUACAGUACAGCGUAACUCAGCGCAUCACAUCGGUGCUGUUAACUGCAUGUAGGAUGGGAAAUUGCCUGCUGUUUUAAGUAUGACAGGAGGUAUUCAGGGGUAUUCAAAUCUGUAUUCAAAUCUGGACCUCGAAGCCAGUUCCACUGCUGAUUUUCAUUCUUCCCAUCUAAAUCAGGGACUGGUUUAGACCUGGGACACCAGGUGGGUGGAAUUAAAUAUCAGGUAAGAACAGAAAGCCUGCAAUACUCUGGAAAUCCAGGCUCGGAUUUGAAUACACAAACACCCUACGCCAAGGCUCUCCAACCCUGUUCCUGGAGAGCUACCAUCCUGUAGGUUUUCCCUCCAAUCUUAGCACGCAGGUUGAUAAUUAGUAGGUUGAUAAGCUAAAUCAGGUUAGUUACAACUGGGGUUGGAGCGAAAACCUACAGGAGGUUAGCUCUCCAGGAACAGGGUUGGAGAGCCCUGACCUACACUAGCUUAAAACGGAUCACCCCUCCAACAUUUCGGGAAGAAAACAGCAUGGCUAUUGGCUGACACAGCUUAUAUGAAGGUGGGGAAGUGGUAGAGAAACAUCUGUUUCAUCUAGGCCUAACGUUACAUACUGUUACAUAUGAGACAUUUAUCCCUGACCAUGUUUUAAUUCAGCCGUGUAAGUCACGGAGCACCGUCUGUCUUGGUUGAACGUACUGGAGGUGACGUGGUGUUUGUUGGAGAUGCACGCCAGUAAUGUGUCUAUAAUUGGUGGGAGAAUUGUUCGAGCCUCUGCUUAAUUUAAUUGUGGCUGUCACUGAGGGCAAUGACUUGAUUAGUGUAGAGUUGACGACUGCAGAACUAAUCUAAUUUAUUACCAGGGGUGUACUCAUUAGUACAAACUGUCGAAAAACAUUUUUUGCAAUGAAUACGAGGGUUUCUUAUUGGACAAGGUCAGGUUAGUUUCAGCCAUUUGCUUCUGUUUGAACAAUGGCUCCUCAACACUACACCCCAGGUGGACUUGGGUGACUGUUGAAGUGUUAUGACCAGCGCUGCAUGUGUUAUGCUUUUCUUUACUGUAAAAGCAGUUGUAUUCACUGUAUACUAAGUGAGUGUUACUUUCGAUACUAAGGGCUUAUCAGCAUUUUAACACAGUGUCUCUCACAGGGCUACUGCACAGAUGGACAAAUGUAAUGAAAAAACCUGGAUCGCUUCCACAACCUGUGACAGGGAAUCAAUCUCUCCCUCACUUUCUCAUUCCUCCAUCCCUUUCAAACUCUCGCUGUUCAACAUUACACAGUGGUAUAUUCAAAUUAUUUGAUUAACAUCAUAACACUUCAAACUGGGAUUUAUGUCCCCUUGCCUAGAAGAUGUGAACCUCUGAGAGAUAUUUGACUUACA